AUGCGCUUCCUCCCCAGUAUCUCCCUUCUUACCCUCGCGGCGACGGGGUUAGCAACGCCUGUUGCUCAAGAGCAAGACGCGCCCAGGCGCCGCGCUCCCUUGGCCUCACUUGAUCUGCCCGUUCCUGGCCUAGGAGGUGCCAGUGCUGCGUCAAUUCUUAAGAACGUCAAGCGCGAAGCAAAACCCCAAGAUCUUACCGGCUGGACUGGUGCACCCCGCAGCGAGAAGCCCAGCAGCAAGCGCGACGUGGUCAAUUUCGACCACGAUGGUUGGCCAUUCGGGCCGUAUGGGCUUGAUGGUCUCCCGGAUGAGGAGGGUCGUAAGACGAAGCGCGAUGAUGUCGAACAACGUGACGAUGUCGAGGAGCGUGACGAGAUUGAGGAGCGCGGCCAGACCUGUCUGACCAAGAAGUCUGCAGAUGAUUUGGUCAACAAGUACGCCGCCAUCAUUGGUGGCUGGAAGCCAGAGUAUGCGGACUGGCUCGCGAAGAGCUUCUAUGACCGGUCCGACAGCAUCAAUACUCUUGCUGGUAUCCCUCUUGGCAGUUAUACUUUCCCUAACAAGACAGCGUUCGUUGGAUACCAGACCUACACUCCGGAUAACCUCCCGCUCUAUAUCACUCACAGGUUCGGCCCAUUCAACUGCACGAACACGGGCCUGAUCUGGUACGCUGAGAACGGACCGAAGCCGGAGCCCAAGCCUGUGCGCGGUAUCGCCAUCCUCGGUGGUUACAAGAACCGGACGAUCGACCAGUGGCAGCUGAAGAGCAUCGAGGUCGAGUUCAACAACAUCAUUUACCUAGAGAACAUCUAUGGCACCUGGGCUCGCCCGAACACCACUGCUUGA